AUGGUAAACUUAAUAUCAAAAUGGUUUCUAUCAGAAAGAUUACCUAAUUGUCAUUUAGCUGAUUUAGAUACAAGAUGGAAUCCCAAAAUUGGUAUAAGAAAUUUGAAACGAUGGAACCCCAAGAGAAAUGAUAUACUACAUUAUGGGUUCUUAUCAUCAGUAUUAUUAUUCGUCUUCGUUACAAACCCUGCUUCCUUUUUAUCAAAAUUGUUAUUUUAUUCAUUCAUGUCAUUAUUAUUCUUAAUUCCAAUCACUUCACAAUUCUUCUUUAACGCAUUACCUGUAUUAACAUGGGCAUCACUUUAUUUCACUUCAUCUCAUUUCCCCGCUGCAAAUAGACCUCCAAUCACUGUGAAAGUAUUACCAACAAUUGAAACCAUGUUAUAUGGUGAUAAUUUAAGCGAUAUAUUAGCUACAUCAACUAAUAACUUUUUAGAUAUAUUAGCAUGGUUACCUUACGGUGUUUUCCAUUUCGGUGCUCCAGUAGUCGUAGCAAUAAUAUUAUUCAUAUUUGGUCCACCAACAAUACUUCAAGGAUUCGCAUUCGCAUUCGGUUACGUGAAUUUAUUCGGUGUCAUCAUUCAAAAUAUCUUCCCCGCUGCACCACCAUGGUAUAAAAUAUUAUACGGUUUAGACCCUGCAAAUUAUUCUAUGCAUGGGUCUCCAGGUGGACUUGCUAGAAUUGAUGAAAUAUUCAACAUCAGCUUAUACACCACUGCGUUUUCUAAUUCAUCAGUCAUCUUUGGUGCAUUCCCAUCAUUACAUUCAGGUUGCGCAACAUUAUUAGCAUUGUUUUUCUCAUACACAUUCCCUCGUUUGAAACCAUUAUUCAUCUUUUAUGUAGUAUGGCUUUGGUGGUCUACCAUGUAUUUAACUCAUCACUACUUCGUAGAUUUGAUGAUUGGAUCAGUUAUCUCUUUGAUGGUCUUCCAAUAUGUGAAAUAUUAUCAACUACCAGUGAUUUCUAACGAUGCAUUUUGUAGAUGGUCUUAUUCGGAAAUCAAAAAAUAUGAUCCAGUAAAGAUGAAUCCAUUAGCAUCAUCAUCAUCAUCAUCGUUAGGAUCAUCACUAACAGGACUUCUUAACGAUGUUGAAAAUGGUCCAUUAGAAUUAGAAUUGAACGAUUUCGAAUAUGAAAAAAAUAAUGAGAAUAAUAAUCAAACAGAUACUUUUAGAUCUGAAAGUGAUGAAAGUUCAAUUAGUUAUACACCUUCCAUAUUUGAUGAAGCAGUUCCAUCAUCACGGUCAAAUGCUACAUCCACUACUUCUCUGGGCAAUUUCCCAAAAUGA